AUGGAUGCAAAAAUUGACCAGUUGGCACAGUCAAGUCAAGCAUCAAUUCACAAAUUAGAGUUGCAGCUGGGCCAAUUGGCACGAACUGUUGCUGAACGUGAACAAGGCAAACUCCCUAGUAAUACUGAGAAUAAUCCAAGAGAGGUGGUUAUGGCCAUUAGUCUAGGGAGCGAAACUCGGGCAGGAGAUGGAAGCAAAGGCAGGAAAGUAAUUGAGAUUGUCGACGAUAGAGACGACAAGGAAGAGAGUGAGCACGAUGCAAAGCAAGGGAAUGAUCUUGAUAAGGAAGUGGUGGCUGAUCCUUCAGUCAAACCUUAUGUUCCACCAAUUCCAUAUCCACAAAGACUUAAGAAGAAAACUACUAGCAAUAAUUUUCAGCACUUUCUUAAUGCCUUUAAAAAGAUUGAGCUUAAUAUUCCUAUUUUGCAGGCCCUUGCUAAGAUUCCUUCCUAUGCCAAGUUCUUAAAAAAACUAGUUUCCAACAAGAGCAAGCUAGAGGAGUACGCCACUGUAGCUUUAACUGAAGAAUGCAGUGCCAUACUUCAAAGGAAGCUACCACCUAAGCUUAAAGACCCAGGGAGUUUUUCUAUUCCUUGUAUUAUUGGUGAUACCACUAUCUCUAAAUGUUUGUGUGACCUUGGUGCUAGUGUGAAUAUUAUGCCUGCAUCUCUUUAUAAUAGGCUUGGCAUGAAAGAAAUGAAGCCCACAACUGUGUCUUUACAAUUGGCCGAUCGAUCGAUCAAAUACCCUUUAGGCAUUGUAGAAGACUUAUUUGUGCAAGUGGGCAAGUUUUAUUUUCCUGCAGAUUUUCUUGUCUUAGAAACAGAGGAUGAAAAUGAUAUAUCUAUGAUUUUAGGUAGACCAUUUUUAGCUACAAGAGGUGUGUUGAUUGAUGUUGUUAAAGGUAAGCUUACCUUUAGGAUGGGGAGUGAAAAAGAAGAAUUUAAUAUUCUUAAAGCCAUGAAACACCCAUUACUUGAUGAUUCUUGUUUUAGUGUCGAUAUUAUUUACCAUGCUGUUUCACAUAAUGUUGAACAAGAAUCGUUCAAGGAGCCAUUAGAAGCGUGUCAAUGA